AUGAGAGGACCAAAAAACUCCAACAGCAGCAACGCUACCAGCAGCAGCCGAAGAAUUCAUCCGCAGCAGCAGCGCAGCCCCAGCAGCAGCAGCAGCUUCUUGGUGAGGUCUCUUGUGGCCCCGCAGCAGCACCAGCAGCAGCAGCAGCAGCAGCAGCAGCAGCAAAGUUCUGCCAGCAAAACAGGUGGACGCAGGCGUUUUGUCGAAAGCUCUCCUGCAGAGCCGAGCCAAGCUGCCAGUCGCCCCAGCAGCAGCAGCAGCAGCAGCAACAUCAGCAGCAGCAGCAGCAGCAGCAGCAGCAGCAACCGUGGCCGUGGCAGCCCACAGGAAAAGGAAACUGCAGGCAGUCGGCAGCAGCAGCGAGCCCCGUGGUCCUCGCAGCAGCAGCAGCACAUGGGAGAACACGGUAAGAAGCAGCAGCAGCAAAGAGGCAGCAGCGGCAAAGCAGCAGCAGCAGCAAAGAAGCAGCAGCAGCAAAGAAACAGCAGCUUUUGUGCUUCAUAG